AUGGGCGGCCAUUUCUCCAAAAUACACAAAACACCCACGCCAGCACUCACCCCUAGACCCUCUACCGACAAAAACGGAUACCUCGCAAAACCAAGUGGAAAAUGCUGCCUCAAAGGCACAAUACACGACGGUGAACCUCGGGGCCACUGGGAGACAAUCGCCGACGUAACCACAUACAUCUCCACGCCUCCAAAGGACAAAGCGAACGGCCACGUCCUCCUCUAUUUCCCGGACGUCUGGGGUAUGUUUCCCAACGGGUUGUUGGUUAUGGAUGCUUUUGCCGAUGCGGGAUUCUUGACCCUGGGGUUGGAUUAUUUUCGGGGGGACCCGGUCUGGAAACAUCGCAAGAACCGCCACGACACAUCGAAUUCGGACUUUGACUACGAGGCCUGGAAGCGCAAGCAUACGACUUUUGCGGAUGAAGCGGUCCCGAGAUGGGUCAAGGCUGUUAUAGAGCGCUAUCAACACAGCCACAGCCAUAAUACCACAGGGAAAAAGACCAAGUUCGUCUGCGUGGGCUACUGCUUCGGCGCACCAUAUGUAUGCAACAUGCUGGCAGGUGAUGGGGAUAGCAUCGUAGCCGGAGCCUUUGCCCACCCGGCCUUUCUGAAGGAGAGUCAUUUCUGUAAUAUCCAGAAACCGCUCUUCCUCUCCUGCGCGGAAACAGACCACACCUUCGACGGCCCUUCUCGGCAGCGUGCCCUGCAGAUUCUGCAGCAGGAGAACAAGACGUAUCACUAUCAGCUGUUUUCCGGUGUUGAGCAUGGGUUUGCUCUGCGUGGGGAUCCGGGCGAUCCGUAUCAGCGCAAAGCACCGUGCUCCCGGGUGCAGCUAUCCUGCAAAGCAGCCAAGGGUCCGCAAGCUUGGUGGACCGCAAUCCUCGGCGAGACGCCGGGGUGUCCAACCGAGCAUCAGACGAGCGUCAUUUUCACCGCGGGGAGUAGCCGAUAUAAUGAAACUCACGCAAUAGAAAGAACUUAA